UAUAUAACAAAUAAUUUGAGGAAAGGUAGACUGCAAUAUUACAUGACUGCACAUGACCACCAAAUUGAACGAGAUGACGAUUCACAAAGUUCAGGUUUAGGUUCAUAUCUACCUAGAUGGCGCCCCACCAGUUCAACAGACCUGGGUCUAGCUGAGAAAAGAGUGUUAAAGUUCGUGCAAACCCCACUCAAACUAUACAAUACUCUCACUACUUUCGGUAAGAUCUGGACACUACAAACAAAGAAUGAGGUACCCGAAAACAAAGUUCCUCUUGUAAUGCUGCACGGUAUGGGGGCUGGUAUUGGAAUCUGGGUUCUUAACUUGGAUACUGUUGCUAAAAAUAGAAAAGUUUAUGCGUUAGACUUGCUGGGAUUCGGGAGGAGCUCACGACCGAGUUUCCCUGACUCUGUUAUUGGUGUUGAGGACCAGUACCUCUCCAGUCUAGAACAAUGGAGAAAAGACAACAGGUUAGACCGGUUCACUCUGAUGGGACACAGUUUUGGAGGCUACCUAGCCACUCUGUACGCUAAGAAAUACCCCCAACACAUCGCACAUCUGAUACUAGCGGACCCCUGGGGCUAUAGUAAGGUACCUGAAGUAAGGAGACAGCUCCCGUUAAGAUGGAAACUUAUAGUUAACGUUAUGAAACCUUUUAAUAUAUUCUCUGGGCUGAGAGCUGCGGGUCCGCUGGGCCCAAAACUCGUUAACAAGAUGAGACCUGAUCUGAAACUAAAGUUUAAUAAACACGUUAAAGAUGUGGACGCAGUACCCAACUACAUAUACCAUUGUAACGCUCAGGAUCCUAGCGGUGAGGUAGCGUUUAAAUCAUUACACUUGGAGUUAGGAUUCGCCAGAUUUCCGUUAAUAGACAGGAUCUCGGAUCUAGAUAAAGAUAUGCCUAUUACUAUGAUAUACGGUGCUCAAAGUUGGAUGGACCCCACUAAUGGAUACAGAGUCCAGGAAUUACGAGAAGGGAUGGCCCCAGUUGCAGUGGAACUUAUACUAAAUGCUGGACAUCACGUGUACGCUGACGAUCCCACAAGAUUCAACAGUUUGUUGGACGAGGCCUGUGGUAUGUACGAGAACUGGAAUGCUGAAACUAAAUCGAUUAAGUAAUUAAUUAAUGAGGUCGAUAUAUAUAGAUAAUGACCGGAAUGGUUAUCAUAUAGUCAGCAAGUCACCAGGAAAACUGCCGUUAAACAGAGCGGUUUGACACAUGAUAGCUUCAGUAGAUGACAAACUAGUUGGCACCGUGCCUAAACUUUGACGGUCAUAUAAUGGUAUAUCUGGUAAUCUGAUAGCUGGUUUCUGAUCGGAUGAUGCCGUCGCCUAUACUCAUAUCCCACGAGUCAACUAUUUUGUCAUACGUACUGUGAGCAUGCAGUGUCCACAUUGAACUGGUAAUGUAUGCAAACUGAUUCAUUCGGAGCUGUCGUGUAUAAGUGCAAGUUUUUUACGUUGUUUCUGUGCAUGUGGCGUGUGGCCUAGUAUGUGAAGUAUAGUUUAUUUUAAGUUAUUAGAUUGUUUAGUUAUAUUUUAACAGGAAUGUCCUUUUAAGAUGGUAUUAAGACCGUAACAUUAUUUAAGAAACCACAUUAUUGCGCUCGGCAAAAUUUAGUUACAAUUUGAUACUAAUAUUAUCAUUCAUUUUUCUUUGUUUUAAUUAAUUGAUUAUUUAGCAGUGGUAAGUACUACAGUACAGGAACCACUAACUAGGGUGUAUUUAUAACCUAAUAUAUGAAAAGUAAGUUAAUAAGUUGAUAUCAUUAUAAGGAAUAAUCCUGCGUGUUUCGUUGUUUAAAUGUAUUUGUUUGGUGUUGUUUUUAGUAUACGUCGCACUGUUGUCAUUCACUUUUGUAACUACGACAUGUUAAAUGUUAAUAUUUAAGUACGGUGUUAUUUAAAAGUUGCUUCUUAAAUUCAUAAGUAAUCGCCGAGGAAAAUAAAUUCUGAUCUUUUAGGGAUAAUAUGAUUCAAGUAACGCUGUUUAUUCUUUUGUAAAUGAUUUUACAUAUGAUUUGAUUACAAUUUCUAUAGUGUUGUCUGUAUUCGAUUUAAGUUGGAUUUCAAACCUCAUUUAGUAAUUGACAACGUUAAUAAAUCUGUCGAAAUUGAACUACCUCACUAUGUCAUCACUGCAACAACCAAAACAUCACAGUCAUAUAUUUCACAGUUUUUACUCAUCUUUACGUACGCUUUCCGAUUUGGGAUAUUUGAUAUGACCACUUUUUUUCUUAUCAGUAUCUGUAAAAUUGUUAGAUUGAUUAUGUAAAUCUUUUAUAAACGUAAAAAAAUUACAACAGAAAAUUAUUAUUAUUGCAGUUUUAUUAAAAAA